CACUGUUUCACACGCUGUAGCAGCCAGAUGUCUCGGGUUGUGGUUUGGGUUUUAAAUCAGUCGUUUGGGAGAUCCAGGGCGGCUUCGGCCGGCUGUCUUGCACCAAACGCACCGGAGUGCGGUCCUGCUCGGUGUGCCGAGGGGGGGCCGGGAUCGCCUCGGUGUGUAACCUGUGACUGAGCAAACUGCGAGCUAGCGCUGCUGUGCUACCGUUGUUGUCCUGCACAUGUGAGCGCACGGAUGAGAUAUGCUGUCUGUAUAUUAGUUUAUCAACUCAAAGAAAUCCCCAUCACCUGCUGUGUUGCUGACUCCAGGAGGAGGAACCUGCUGCAAGGACGGAGGAGUGUUAUUUGUCAUCAUGGUGAACCAAGUGCAGCGUGUGGAUGGCAGCUGGCAGUCGUGCAAGAGCGACUCCAGCGGAGCCAGCAACAGCGGCGGGGAGAGCUCCAAGGAGAGCUCCCGGUCCUCCACGCCGGUGCUGGACGCCGACCGCACGGACCGGCUGCGGGACAAGAUGCGCAAGAGGAUGGAGUCCGGAGACCACUGGUUCUCCCUGGAGUUCUUCCCUCCGCGCACGGCCAGCGGCGCCGUCAACCUCAUCUCAAGAUUUGACCGUAUGGGCUCUGGAGGGCCCCUUUUCAUCGACAUAACGUGGCACCCGGCCGGGGACCCGGGCUCAGAUAAGGAGACUUCGUCCAUGAUGAUUGCCAGCACUGCAGUCAACUACUGCGGCCUGGAGAGCAUCCUCCACCUGACCUGCUGCAACCAGAGCAAAGAGAAGAUCACAGGCUACCUGGCCAAAGCCAAGCACCUGGGCCUCAAGAACAUCAUGGCUCUGAGAGGAGAUCCGAUGGGAACCGACUGGGAGGAAGAGGAGGGAGGCUUCAACUACGCCGUCGACCUGGUUAAACACAUCAGAUCAGAGUUCGAUGAAUACUUUGACAUCUGUGUAGCUGGCUACCCCACGGGCCACCCUGAGGCGGAGAGCUACGAGGAAGAUCUCAGGCACCUGAAGGAGAAGGUGGAUGCUGGAGCAGACUUCGUCAUCACGCAGCUGUUUUUCCGAGCCGACACGUUUCUCAAGUUCCAGGACGACUGCAGGGCGAUCGGUAUCACGUGCCCCAUCCUACCUGGCAUCUUCCCCAUUCAGGGUUACCAGUCUCUACGGCAGCUGGUCAAGCUGUCGAAGCUCGAGGUUCCAGAGGAGAUCACCAAAGUCAUCGAGCCCAUCAAAGACAACGACGCUGCGAUCCGUAACUACGGUAUCCAUCAGGCCGUGGAGAUGUGCCGCGUGCUGCUGGACAGCGGGAAAGUACCAGGCCUCCACUUCUACACGCUGAACCGAGAGGUUGCGACCAUGGAGGUGCUCCGUCACCUGGGCAUCUGGAAGGAAGACCCCCGGCGGCCUCUUCCCUGGGCGACGAGCGCCAAUCCCAAGCGGAAGGUGGAGGACGUCCGGCCCAUCUUCUGGGCCUCCAGGCCCAAGAGCUACAUCUACCGGACCCAGGACUGGGACGACUUCCCCAACGGCAGAUGGGGAAACUCUUCGUCUCCAGCGUUUGGCGAGUUAAACGACUACUACCUGUUCUACUUGAAGAGCAAGUCGUCCAAGGAAGCGCUUCUGCAAAUGUGGGGCGAGGAGCUGAUGAACGAGGAGAGCGUCUUCGAGGUCUUCACCUGCUACAUCACCGCCCAGCCCAACCGAAACGGACAAAAGGUGAUGUGUUUGCCCUGGAACGACGAGCCUCUGGCCCAGGAGACCAACCUGCUGAAGGAUCAGCUGGAAAAGGUCAACAGGCGAGGAGUGCUCACCAUCAACUCUCAGCCAAACAUCAACGGAAAGUCAUCCACGGACCCCAUCGUGGGCUGGGGCCCCCCAGGGGGCUACGUCUUUCAGAAGGCUUACCUGGAGUUCUUCACCUCCAGUGAGAACGUGACCGCCCUCCUGACGGUGCUGAAGAAAUACGAGCCCCGUGUCAACUACCACAUCGUCAAUGUUCACGGACGGAACCUGACCAAUGCGCACGAGAUGCAGCCGAAUGCCGUGACGUGGGGGAUCUUCCCGGGCAGGGAGAUCGUGCAGCCCACCGUGGUGGAUCCAGUCAGCUUCAUGUACUGGAAGGACGAGGCCUUCGCGUUGUGGAUUGAGCAGUGGGCCAAACUCUACGAGGACGAGUCCCCCUCACGGAUGAUAAUCAAGUACAUCCAUGACAACUACUUCCUGGUCAAUCUGGUGGACAACGACUUUCCUCUGGACAGCUGUCUGUGGGAGGUCAUCGACGACAUGUUUGAGCUCCUCGACGCUCCUCCAGAGCCGCUCGGCCUCGGGCCCCUCGGCAUCGAGCCGCUCGGCAUUGAGCCGCUCGGCAACCAGCCGCUUCCCGAAUAAACUCUAUCCAAUGCUAUAAACUAUAUUCAUUUCAGACUAUAUUUUUAGGACGCAAAAAACCUGAUGUAAUGGUUUCUUUUUUAAUGUAUUUUUAUAAAAAAGUGCCUUUUAAUAAGCUCAAGUGAAAACUAUUUAACUAUGUUUUUUAAACUUUUUUACAUAGAUGUGUGCAUAUAUUUUGUGUGAAACAUUGUGGAAACAUAAAUGUGUGCUGUCGGACACCAAGAAGAUGCAUGCGCCCAUCUUUCAGGACUUCUCUCCUGAAAAGCAGCGUCUUCUUCAGGUCUGAGCCAACGAACUGCUGCUGUUACAGCAUUAACCAACAACAAAGCAACCUCAGAAAAUCAGUUGUGAAAUGCCAUUUCUUUCAUUGUUUGUUUGUUUUUUUUAAGUUAUUUUUGUUAUUGAUUAAAAGCCCGAUUUUAAAAAUAUAUUGAUGAAUUCCAGCU